UGAAGAGUAAAAUCAAAGUGGCUCUUGCUCGGGAUGACAGGGCGCCUCACAACACACAACCAAAAACAACUAUGCUCGUAUGAUAUUUCAAAAUCGCUGCCUAUGCUUACGCUUUAGAAGUACUGCUUUGAGUUAUUCGACUCGUAGUUGUAUCCAAAGAGGAAGCUUUUCGAGCGUAGGCAACAGAACUACAAGUUCCAGAUGUGCUAGCUCACUAUCAUCUCCGCUUGUUGCAAAAAUUGCAAGAGGCAACGUACGCUGCUCCUCUGGCUCAUCCCUUCUUCUAGCACCAUCAAAGCGACAAGGCCCACAGGAGGCGGCCAGGAUUGGAGCGUCAGCGACUUGUUGCGCUGCACCGAGGGCAACAGCAUCCACUCAUCUCCACGAGUCGCCCAGCAAAGAACUUCACCACUUCUACCCCUCAGCGACAUUUAUUUCCACUAUGGCUGCGGGUCUCAGCUGGGACACGCUCGCCGCUCAGGACGACGUAGCGACCAGCUGUGUGAUUGAUUUACUUUGUAUCCACAGUAAAUUUCCCGUACACGUACAGAUGCGGUCUCUGCAUGACAAAACUUGGCUUCGAUCCUAGUUUAGCACGACAAGUAGUAUUCCCUCCAAAUGGAUGAAAUUUGUGAUGCAUGUUGUACUUGUACGGGAAAGAUAAUUUGCAUUUCAUACUUUGUGAGGAUGGCUGCUUCAAAAAGCUCUCCGAUGCGGAGAUGACGGACAUUCUUUCCCGCGACCAGAAAGACGGCGACGCGCUGGCCGCCGGAAUAAAAUUCGCGCAGGACAAGGGAGUAUUGCCGGCGCUGAAACCAGACCCGUACACGCAAAUCAACGUUUUGGGAAAGUCAGCAGAUAUAGUUGCGGAAGAGAUAUUGAAGGCGAUUGGGGAAGGAGCGGAUAAAGGUAUAGAAAUAGAAAGAGUAAUAGAGGCAGAUCAAAUACAACUUGUGAUGCAGUGUGUGUAGUGUCGCCGUGUAGCAGGAAAUUACAAUUUUUCAUGCAUGAAUGCAAAAAUGAAUUUCACCUCCACCGCCAACUGCAGGUUGUGUCCUGGUUCUGGUUGGUCUCUCCGGCACGGGAAAGGGCACCACAGUAGCGAAGCUCCAAGCAAAGUUAAAAUCUGCGGUCACCUGGUCAAACGGUAACCUUUUCCGGUGUCUUACCGUGCAAGCCUGUGAUAUGGAAGUGUCAGAAUUGAAAUCGACGGAGUUGAAAUGAUUUGUCAUGCAUAAAAUGCAUGACCCGAGGUACGUGCGUUGCAGAGCAGGCAAGUGAGGCCGAUUGUGAGCCUGUUUGAGGUUAGAGCUCGAGCUGCUAAAGUAGCAUGAGAAAAUCGGUCUUCUUUGCCUAAACAGCAUGACAAACUGGAUUUAGGGACCACCAAAAUUUGUCAUGCGCCACUUGAAAACUGGGUUCCAACUGGCAUCCAUUUUAUGCAUGACAAAUCAUGCAGAUUUUCCACGACCUGGUGGCCGAACCAUCUGCGGUGAGGUGCCCUUACAGGUUGUGUAGUGGUUUCGGUCGGUUUAGCAUGACAAAUCAUUUCAACUUUGUCGAUUUCAAACCUGACGCUUCCAUAUGUGACUUCUGCGAGAAGAACGGCGUCGCGGCAAUAGACGAGGCGUUGACGGUAUCCUGUGCAAAAGUAUUGUACCGGUAUUGCAAUCAUGCAUUACAAAUCUUUUUGUUAAGGUAAAUCCGCAUUACUUACAGAUUUUAUUUCUCAUGCUGAGAAAAUUUGUAAUGCAUUUAUACGAGUGCGAUACUUUUGCAGAACAUAGACGGCGGAGAACCUCGAUGGCUGGAUGAAGAAUCUGAAAUUCGGAAAAUUCAACGAGAAAUGGGACAUACAGCUCACCAGAGCAGAUGGUAGAAAAGUCAUACAGAUACAUUCAUUUAUUUCAUCGGUCGGGCACUCUGUUUAACAUACAUUAGCUUUAAGGUGUAAGUUGUAGUCAUUUGUCAUCUGUCAUAAACACUUCCGACUACGCUAUCUUCUGUCAUGCUGGUAAACUUCACUGAAAUUGUUUUUCAGGUUCUCAAGUCCUCGUUUCUGAAACGUGCAACACGCUCCUGAAAGAGCCCAGGAUCGGCCAGAACAUUCCCAGCGUCGCGAAGAAAUCGCAGGGAGAAGUCGUGAAAUUUGCCGCAGACGCAUGCCAGCAAAUGGGGCAGGACGGGUAGUUCAAAAACUUUUCUAUGUGAUUUCGUUUCUUCAGUUUCCAUUUCUUGUUGUGUACCCUGCAUGGGAUCCAUUAAGAAGUAUGUGAAAUGAUAGACGCAAGAACAGCGACAAAACGUUAUGAUUUGCGCGGUCGGGCAGCACGAGAUCUACACAAAUAAAGAAUCCGAAAACAUUAAGGUCUGUCGUCCUGGUGGAGGGCCGAGAAGAGACCGUGAAUUUCAUUCCUACGCCCCACCGCUUCUGCCUCAUGAUGUCAGACACAACUCUGAUCGGCAAGAGGCGGGCAGCACAGCGCGUCCUGGGCGAAGCGCUGAAGGGCAAAGACGCAUCCAGCGACGUCGCAGACGCACUAAAAACGUGCGUCGCGACACUGGCUUAAUACUAGUUGCCGUGGCGUCGGCGUCGACCUUGUGGACAGGCGCUUUGUGCUCGUCGUCCGGAAUACUGUAAUUCGCAAGAGCGGAAAACAUGUUCGCAGCCGACGCUUGCCUAGAAAACUUUUCUUUUCAUCUUUCUACCGUCACGAAUACCGUACAAUUUUUUGCAGACGGCAACAAGUGUCGAAACCGAAAGUAGAUGAAUUUUCGUAGAUUAGCUGCCAUCAGCCACCUCCAAGUAGUGCCUACCAUGCUGCUUUUCACCACGACCACGUCCACGCUCACUGUCACUUAAGACAAGCAUAAUUCUCCUCCGCUUUUCAGUACUUACUUUUGUCUGAAAUAAGACUGAGACUUUUUGAAUGCAUUGCGCACAUGAUUUCUGAUAACCACCAAAGCUGCAAGCGGAUUAUGUAGUACUCCUGCGCUUGUUUUGGUGUGCUCAGAUCAACGAGUACGUACACCUUGAUGUAUACGGAAUAUAAAUCAGAAUGCUAUAAAACAACAAGUGUCAACAACGAAAUCGUACUUCGUACAAAGCUCCACUUUACAAAAAUACAGCGACGUUCUCAAGUAGAUCGUCCAAGCGAGAAAUCCAAAUCUAAAAUCUAAGCGGCCAACGUUGUGGUCGAGACGUAUUCAAUUUUUUUCAAAUUGCCAGCGAGAUAUCACCGCCAGGCCAAAUUUUCGCUGCAGAAAAAAAGUUGGGUAUAGAAGUUGUUUGUAUGGACGAUCUACUUGUUCGUGCAACAGACACACGACACGCAGCGAUGAAAGUACUUGCUUCUAGUAUUCUAGGUGCUCCUCAGUAUGGUUCUUACCUAUCAGAAACGUGUUGCUCGAAAAGGUAGGUUCGUGCGCUCGUCGUGUUCGUAACUACUGAGAAACCAGAAGAUCUAUACGUAUUGGAAUAUCGCAAAUACCGUUGGAACUGCCUCAACAUCGUUCGUACGACUAUAUAUAUAUAUCUUGCACCCCGUUUCUGUCAGUCACCGUCUCUGUCAGGACGAGGUGACACCAAGCAAGCAACUUUUUUCAAACAGCCUCGAAAGUGUGUGGUUGAACUUGAGCCACAGAGUAUCUCUUUGGCUAGGACAGAUGGUGCCCACAGCCACACCAGCAAUACAAAUACAAAUUUACAGGUGGUCGUUUUUAAACUUUAGUUGUAGUAGCAUGGUCCGUCGUGACAUUGACCUUGACGAUGGAUGUCGCGUCCGACACUUGGAGGUCGUCAGAAUGAAAUUUCUAGUAUAUGAGCGAAAUCUCAUACCCUAAUCCUGACGUGCACCUAGAGUAGUAGAGCUGCGCCAACUGAUAGCAAGAUGAACAAAACAAGCAUAUGAUGGGGCGUACAAAUCGAUCACCACACGCAUUAAAAAUAAAACAUUGAAAACUUUUACCCGAUGUUUAGCCUCGAAGAUCGCAUCAUUCAUCGAGGCAGUGAGAUUUUCAUUUGUGGCACCACAAAACAAUCUUAAUCUACUGCUGAAUCAAGAAGAGUAGCAAAACUAUCAUACUUUUUUGCGAAAGCGAUCCUUGAAAAUCAAAAUGAAAGUCGAACACAGAUGAAGCAAGCGUCGAAUAAACUCCUCUAGAGCCAAGUAGGUACACUAUGAGCGAAAAGUAAAUAUACAGCCCUCAAUCACACGAAAAAGAAUUUUUUCACCAACUUUGUUGCAAUCGCGCUCGCGUUAUACGGAAAUUCAAAUUGCAUCAAGUUUGCAGGAGCCCUCGAGGCUUCCGACGUCCAUUGCGGCGAGAAAGAAAAAAUCUGAUCAGAAGAUGGAGAUAAAUGAUGUUGGUAGCGGGCUACAUGCAGAAAGCUAUUGACAUCGCUCACUUCAUCGAGGGAAUGUUUUUACGUAGAGGACGCACUUACAACCGCAUUGCUAGGGAAGAUGAAUGCAAGUCGUGCUGAAAAGCAGAAGAUCAAGCUCGAAC